AGCGUGGAGGUUGGUGUACUGCAGGAAACGAGCAGCAGAUGGCGCUGCUUCCUCGCGAUUCGUUUGUUGGUGUUGCUAGGAUACCAGCGACACGUAGGUCGAUGUGUUGGGCUAAAGUUUAUACGAGUUAAAUUGGCUUCAAGUUGAGGGAAAGAAAGGUUAAAAGUGGCCAAAAAUGGCAAACAUCGACGCAGACCUCGAAGACCAGCAAUCCAAGGGCGUAUUCGCAACUUUAAUGGCCGAUGGGAAAUGGAUGUACCAGGCAGGAGAGUAUAAAAAAGCUAUAGACAGCUUCACAGAGGCACUGGCUUUAAAGCCUAGUGACAAGCACUGCUUUGUUGCUCGGUCCAGAUGUUACCUGAAGAUGGGAGGGUUUGAAAACGCUUUGAGAGAUGCAGAAGCUUCACUUAAAAGUGACAACACGUUUUUUGAGGGUUUGUACCUGAAGGCAGAAGCUUUAUACUACAUGGGAGAAUUUGAAUUUGCCCUGGUGUUUUACCACAGAGGUCAUAAACUACGUCCACAAAUGCAGGAGUUCAGACUGGGUAUCCAGAAAGCACAGGAGGCCAUAGAAAACUCUGUUGGCAGUCCUUCCAAUGUGAAAUUGGAGAUUAAAGGAGACCUGUCAUUUCUCAACAUAGGUGGUGAGAGGGCCAAACCGAUUGCAGCUAUCCAGAAUCUCACAAAGGAGAAAAAACAGAAGACUGAGAAAACCCCAAAGAGUGAAAAGACAACCAAACAACUUCUGGGCGAGUUUUAUAGUGACAAGAAAUAUCUAGAAAAUCUGAUGAAAGAUGAAGACUUGGUAGAAGGUACAACAAAGAGUGGGGAGAAGGUGAAGGACAUCAUUCAGAGAUGUCUGUCUUACCUUGACACUUGCACUGAAUUUUGGCACCAGGAGAAGCCUACUUCUGCACAAGAAAUGAGGCAGAAGUUCAUGCAACAGAAAUGUACAAAGCGCCGUAAUAGCACACUCUCUUCUGGGUUUCUGCUGAAAAGCCUGGAUGAAAUUGAGAGAGAGUUGAUGUCCGGAAAUGCAGAAGGUACUCUCAAGAAGGCAGAAGAAGUCAUGAAGAUGGUGCAGAGGUGGUCUGAGAAAGAGGUUCCUAAUAAAAAAGAGGUUUUGGGCACCUUGCACAGUUGCAUUGGCAAUGCUUUGAUUGACCUGGGAAACAUGGACAAAGCAUUGGAGCAUCAUCAGAAAGACCUGGAGUUGGCCAAACAGUGCAAGCUCCCAGGAGCACUGUCCAGAGCUCUGGACAACAUUGGCCGAGUCUAUGUUCAAAAUGAAGAGUUUGCAGAGGCCAUUCGCGUCUGGGAAAAGAAGCUUCCGCUGGUUUCCAGUGAUUUGGAGAAGACAUGGUUGUUACAUGAGAUCGGUUUGUGUUACCUGAAACUCGAUCACCACGAAGAAGCUCGAGAUUAUGGCGUCCGUUCAGUAGCUGCUGCUGAUGGAAUUGCCGAUAAGAAGUGGCAGUUGAAUGCCAAUGUUUUGGUUGCACAGUCAGAAUUGAAGCUUGGAAACUAUGAAUCUUGUGUCACCCACUUUCAAAGAGCUUUGUUCUAUGCCAAACUUCUAGAAGAUGAUUCUGCCAUGGAUGCUAUUGAGAAGGCCCUUCAUGAAGCAAAGCAACACCUAACACAAUGAGGAACCCCUUCAGUCAGAAUGGUUGAAGAAAAGAAGAAGAAAGACUCAUUUAGUGUUCAGCUCAUUUUGUGUGUGUGUGUGCGUUCAUUUACACACCUAUAUGGAACACAAAGCAGUAACUUAAUCAAGUGAGAAGAUCAUAUUCAGAGCAGUAAAAUAUAUCAGUUUUAUGAACAAUGAUUCAUUGUGUUUCUCAUAGGAAUAAAAAGUGUUUAUGGGAGAUGCUUAAAACUUGAAUUUCGGAUGUUCAGAAGAACAAUGCAUACCAACAUUUUCUGUAAAAUUUUUACAAAAGCUAGAUAUUUCUGGAAAAACACUUCUUUUUUUAAAUGCAUAUAUUAAGGUGCAGUCAUGAUGUAAUUGCUGAGCCCAUCUUUUUGUUCUGUGCAAGUUCAAUGAGAAACUGAAAUAUUAUCUGGAAAAUGUGUCACUUGAUAUAUAAAGUUCUGUUUACUGAUAUAAAUACUGCAACCUGGCAAA